AUGCCGAAGUCUAUUGCAGCUAAGCUUAAUAAAAUGGUUGCAAACUUUCUUUGGGGCGCAUCGUUGAACCGACCCAUCCAUUGGAUGUGGUGGGAAAAUCGGACUAAACCGAAAGAUUUUAGAGGUUUAGGCUUCUAUGAUAUAAACGCUAGAAACAGGGCGCUACUUGACAAAUGGUUAUGGAGGUACGACAAUGAACAAAUCAGUUUGCGGAAAAACCAAUUGAUGCGAGAAUGCAUAACGAAUCGAAAACUUCCCGACCUCUUUCCAAAGCAAAUGAUGGGAAUAUGCGGUUUAUUCUUUGGGAUGGAAAAAGUAUUGAGUUUUGGCUGGAUCCGUGGGCGGGAAAUACCUUUGAAAGAGAGGUUCGCGAGACUCCAUGCGCUAGCGUCGAAAAAUGAGGGAAAGGUUUACAAUUUUAGCUUCAAAACAAAUGGAUCAAAGGUUUGGAAUAUUAAAUUGCGAAGGAAACUGUUUGAUUGGGACCAAUGGUGCAACUUCAUAGAUGCCAUCUACCACGGUGCAAGCAAUUCUGUAAGCCAGGAUUGCCUAAAAUGGGUGGGGAGUUCCUCGGGCACUUAUAAACCGAAAGUUUAUUACGUACAAAUUGCUUGUGGGAAUGGCUCUGCUGAUUCUGUGUGGAAGCUUGUGUGGACGGGGUUAGCUCUACCAAACGUAGAGUCUUUCGUGUGGAGAGCGGUUCAACAUCGCAUUCCGGUUCGACAAGAACAGUUGAAGCGGGAAGUGAACAGUCAAAACUUGGGUAAGUGUGCAUUGUGUGGAAAAUUAGAAGAAACAAUUGAUCAUCUCAUGUGUCAUUGUGAGGUGUACUACAAAAUUUGA